ACACUCACUUUAUUUACGAAUGGUGAUACGAGCUUACCGGCAUCUAGUUGCAGUCUACUUAUUUUUCAUAAAAGUUGUAAAUAUAAUUAAUUAAUUAUGGAUCCUUGGCCGCUAAAAAGUCGAGCGUUAACUCCUAAAAUUUUGUGGUACCAAGACGAUGGUUUUGUUGUUUUAAGAAUCAUGUUAAUUGAUGUUGAUAAAUUUUUCUUGGACAUUGAUUUAGAACGUCUCAAGUUCAGUACCAUUCACAACGACAACAACAAUUAUUAUUUAUGUUUGUAUUUAUUUGGGGCGAUAAUUCCUGAAAAAUCAAUUGUUGUUAAUCUUGGAAGAGAACUUCGGAUAAAAUUGACGAAAGCUUUUAAAUUUCUCAAGUGGCCUAGAUUAGAAGAAAGUAAAUUUAAAAAUCCACAGAUUACUAUUGAUAAAGAGAAAUACGAAGAAACUGUAUGGACUUUAAGAAGAGUUAAUCUUCCUGAGUGGGACAGUAUUGAAGAAUAUAAGCGUCGGAAUAAUAUCUUAAAUAUUCUACCGGCUGAUGAUAGCAACGAUGAAUCAGAUGAUGAGAGAGAUGCUGUUCUUAGUGAUUAAUUGAGUUAAGAAAUAAAGUGAACUAAUAUAUAUUGAAAUAAGCUGAAAUAUUUUUUUAAUAAUAAUUUUAUAUUCACUGUUGAAUACUCGAGCGUUAAGUAAAAAUUUUUAGGCUUUAAUUGAAAUAAAUAUUUAAUACGAAAUGUAUUAACUCACUUUUUGUCUUUCAGUAGCUCAAUUAUUACAAAAUUUUGUUGAUAGAUUAAUAUCAAAUUUAUAAUUAACUAAGUAUUAAUAAUCAAUCAGGAUAAUUCAAGUCUGUUAUUGUAAUAUUGUCUUAAAAAAAAUACAAGUGUUUUAUAUAAUUAUUUAAUUAUUAGACCGUUUAGAGUAAAAAAAUAAUGAAUUUAAUGUUUAAAAUAAAUCUGUAAAACUUUGAAGUGUGUGUUGUUGGAAUUAUCCUUAUUGAAAAUGAAUUAAAUUAAUAAAAAAAAAUAUAAUUUAUUGGCAAAAAUAAUACAGUGAUUAGGUAAUUGUUAUAUACACCUUGUGAUAUAUAUUUAUAAAAACGAAAAAUAAUUUCCUAAACUGUACAUGGAUAUAUACAAAUUUGUAAACAUUUGUGUAUAAUACCGAAGAUAAAUGCUUAAAUUACUGAGCACAUAAAAUCUUGUACUUAAUAAAAGUAGUAAAGUGAGUGUCAAAUAAAUAAAAAUUAUUGAAACAUUUA